AUGUCAACUUUUAAUCCUAUCGAAUAUGAUGAUCUCAUAUAUCGUCAUCGUCAAUCAAGUGAUCUUUUGUGGUCAUUAAAAAAUUGGCAUGAUCCAUUAGUUGAUAAUAAAGAACAAUCAAUUAAAUCUAAAAAAUUAAUUAAUAAAACUACACAGGUAUCAUCAAUAAUAACACCAGUACAUUAUGAAACAUUACCAAGAAAUUCUGAACAAAUAAAAUCUGAUGUUUUAAAUAGUUUAGCAUUAAAAUAUACUCUCGAAACAUUAGGUAAUGAUACAAAUGCCAAUGAACAAGCAAAAUCUAUUAUUCAAGAAAUGUCGCAUCGUUUAAAUAUACGAACGGCACGUUUUCUUGCAUUUAUAUUUUCGAAAAUAUUCAAUCAAGUUUAUGAAAAUAUUUAUAUCGAUCGAAAUGGUAUAGAUUGUCUAUACAAAUUAUAUUGUUUAACACCAAACAAUAAAUUACCAAAUAUUCCAGCGUCACCAAUAACAAUCUCAUCAACAUUAUUUGCUAUUUUAAAUACAUUUUCACGUUCAUCAUCAUCGCCAGAUUCAAAUCUAUUAGCAACACCAUUAUCAUCACCAUUAACCACCAAACAUUACAUAACAUCACCAAGAAUUAUUUAUUUACCAACACAUCGAAGUUACAUGGAUUUUAUUAUUUUAACAUAUUUGUGUUUCGAAUAUAAUAUUCCAUUACCAUGUAUUGCAGCUGCACAAGAUUUUCUUGGUCUUGGAUUAUUAGCUAAUUUACUUCGACAUUGUGGUGCAUUUUUUAUUCGACGUUCAUUUCGCAGUGAUUUACUCUAUUGGACAAUAUUUGAUGAAUAUGUCAAAACGCAUUUAAUUCAUGGAGAUUAUCCAUUAGAAUUUUUCAUUGAAGGAGCACGUUCUAGAACAUUAAAAACUUUAUUACCUGUUCGACAAGGAAUGUUAAAAUCAUGUUUAGAAUGUUAUUUUCGUCGACAAGUCGAUAAUUUAAUAUUGAUACCUAUUUCAAUUAAUUAUGAAAAAGUUUUAGAAGAUAAUUUGCAUGCUAAUGAAUUAUUAGGAAUACCAAAACCGAAAGAAUCUAAAAGUGGUUUAUUUAAAUCAAUACAAAUAUUAAAAAAAUCAUUUGGAACAAUGAUUGUAAAAUUUAGUGAUCCAAUUUAUGUUUAUGAUGCUUAUGAAUUAUUUAAAAAACAACAAGAAAAUAAACUAAAUAGUCGUUGCGAUUCUUUCAAUCGAUCGAUUCCGCGUGGUGUUCAACCACGUUUCACUUGUCAACCCGAUGGAUUUAAUGAAUUGGAACUAAAUUUUGUUGAUCAACUUUCUUAUCGAAUCGUCCAUGAACAACAACGUUUAACAGCAAUCUAUCCAAUAACUGUUGUGGCAUUUUCUUUUCUUUCUUCGUUCACAGUGAUGCCUAGAAGUCGAUCAGUAUCACUUGAACAACUAUUUGCAGAUAAAGAAACGUUGUUUAUCGAACAUAAUGAUAUUGUUGAAUACUAUUCUACUAAUUGUCAAAUAUUUUGGCCAUCAAAUAAUGAUAAAAACAAUUUGAAACAACGACUUUUAUCACUUUAUUCAGAUGUAUUUGAUAUUAGUGGAAAUAAUCAUCUGAAACUAAAAAUAACAGGAGACAAUCUCGUUGAUGCUUCACUUCUUAUGAAGUUGAUUAUGUAUCGAAAUACGUGUUUACAUUUAUUUGCUAAACCAGCGUAUAUUCUGUUGGCAUGUCAAGUUAAUUCUCAGGCUUCAAUCUCUUAUCAACAAUUAAAAACUUAUUAUCAUUUUUUUAUACAUUUAUUUGCUUAUGAAUUUGUUUAUGAUCAAUGUCCAGUAGAUAAUAUUGACGAUCAAUAUUUUGAUAGGUAUCUGACUUAUUGGAUAAAUAAAAAUUAUAUUUUUCAUAUUGAUGAAUCAACAUUUAAAAUUAAUUCAAAUUUUCUUCAGCAAAUUUCAUUAAUAACUAGUCCUUUUGAACAAUACGCUCGUGCCUAUUUAUUAAUUUAUGAACAAGGAAAUAAUUUAACAGAAACAAGUUUAUCAGUAUUAACAAAAGUCUAUCAAAAAAAUUUAUUAACUAAACUUGAUUCACAGAAUAUAAUCAAUAUAUUAGCAUCAUCAUCCAACGUGAUAAGUAAUGCUCUAAGAACACUAAACUCAAGUAAUGCAUCGAAGACAUUAUCUGAAAUUCGUCAUAUAUUGACAAAAAUAUUCCAACCAGUAUCAAUUCAUCUCCGUGCUAAGUUAUAG